AUGCCCCAGCUCCGAAUACCAUCCCAUGAGGCCAGCACCCGUUCUACUGAUUUUGCCAGUCCUGCCGAGUUACUCUCGAAGCUCUCGAUUUUCGGGUUCAGCCUACUAUCCCCCAAGGACCAGCAAGACAAGAUUGAGCAAAUCUCCAACAAACUUGCUGCGGAAGAUGUUAAUGUCGGAAGCCUUGCAGCAGCAGCAGCAGGGGAAACCAAGGAAGAUGUGAGAAGGAAGGCAUUCGAGAUGCUGUUUAAUAAAGCUCCCGUCGUUAAACGAGUUGAUUUAUUCAAGGAGUUUACAAAAAAAAUCUUCUUUGAAAGACGCUUGUGUGAGGUGAUUCUUUUGUCCAGGCAGCUGGGUUCCAAUGAGCAACAAGAAGAGAUAGAUGAAAUCAAGCAGUCCUGCUAUGCUGAAUUUUACUUGGGGCUGUCAAUCAUUUGGUUCAAAGCACGAUGUGCCAGUGAUCCCAGAAACCUCAUUCAAGUAGUUGUUGGUAAAGCCGGAGUAGAUGAUCAUAUAUUUGAGAAACUCGUUAAUGAGACUGAGGAGGAUUUCAAGCUCAGGAGAUUUACAGAGUCGAAGUCUUCUUACUUCAGUCUUCUUACUAGUAGUCUUCCCUUUGAGGGGGAACCUCAUUCGCUAGAAUUCUUUAAGAUGAGUACUCCAGAUCUAAGAGGUCCAAGAGGAGCAACAGCCACUCAAGGAGGGGGACAGGGAGCAAUUACACAAGGAGGGCAGGGGACGAGUGAGCAGUAG